AUGCCUUCCGACUUCGAUGAUCACUCAAUUUCAAGCCGAUCUGACAUGGUGGAUUCUGGCUAUGGGAAAAUGCAGCAUGAUGAAGUACCCAGUUUGCUGAUCGAUCCAUCAUCGUCGUCUUGGUCGAAAGUGGAUACGGUAGAUGAGCAGACGGCGAAUGAAUUACACGAUGUCCUUGUGGACAGUGCGUCAAUCAAUCAGUGUGAUUCGUCAAAAGAAGGACCGUCAUCACCGCCGACGUUACCGCCGACGACGACGGCAUGA